AUGAGGGCGCAUAGUGGGGACUGCUUAGUACCUUUCAUCUCAGGCUGGAGUAGUGGAGGUGGAGCGGCUGCAAAGCCAGCAGAUCAAGAUAAUUCAUGGGAAGUGCAUGCUAAGGUGCAGGACAAUUCCACUGAUUGGGGAGGCUGGAGCACUGAGAAGCCAACAGGCGAGGCAACUAUAUCUAGACAACCAGCUGAAAUGGAUACUUGGGCUGAUAAGGGUGCUAAAAUGGAUUCAAAUGCAUGUGAUGAUAAUUGGGAGAAGUCGUCUAGCACUCCUGAGGCAUCAAAUAAAAAUGACCCAUGGGGCAAAUCAAAAAAUACAUGGGACAAAAGAAAAGGAGUUGGAGGUGAUGGUGCCUGGGAGAAGAAGUCUGAUGAUGGCCAUGGCAAUUGGGAGCAUCCCAGCAACUGGAAUGGGCAGAGUUUGAAUGUAGAUCAGGACACGUGGGGAAAUGCCAGGUGCAAAAAGAAGGCAGAUGGUAACUGCCAAUGGGAGGAGGAGCCAAGCACUUACAAACGGAAGAAGACAAAUGCUGAUCAUGAUUCCUCCUAUAACAAUGUGAUGCCACCAUCAGGCAAUGCUUGGAAUGCUGGAGAUGGAAUUGGAAGACCAAAUGCCAAGUCAAAUGCAGGAUCCAGUCAAGCAAACAAAAUUAGUAUUAAACCGUGCAGUGUUGGGACUAUGGUAAGAGCCACAAGACAGUGA